GGGGACCUCACCCCGGUGAAGGGGAAGCUCGGUUUUGUCCUCCAAUAAAGGGAGGUUUGGCAAAGAAAGGUUUGGCACCUCUGGCGGAGGAGAACCGGGGGCUGCCUGCGGGGCUCCGGGGAGGUGUCUGGAAGGCACGGGGGUCGCAGCCCGCCAGUAGAGCCCCGAGCACCCCCGGUGUGGCUGCGGGACGCCGCCGGUCCGCGCUGGCCGUGCCGAGCCCGCGGCAGCCCCGGCGGGGGCGGCUCCGGGCGCGGCCGCUCCGUGCGCCCGGCGCUGCCGUCACUUCCCGGCCGGCGCGCUCCAUCCAUCACUUCCUGCCUGCCGGGGGCUCCACGAGGAGAGAGCCCCGCUCCCCACGCUGCCCCCGGCAGCUCGGAGACCCGGGGUGGCAAUGGCCAGCCUGGCCGCCCAGGACUCCUACCUGCAGGGCUUGGCCAGGAGGGCCGGCGUGCAGCACGCCCCGGAGUCGCGGAAGAGGAAAUUUGUGUCUAAGCCAGGCCAGCCCGAGGAUGCUGGCAGACAGGUCAAGAAACAGAAGAAAAAGAAGCCCAGGAAGCAAACGGAGAAGAAGAAUGCUCCUUCAGCCAAACAGGUGGUUUCUAACGCCAGUAAGCCCACUCCAGGACAGAAAGCAGCCUCUCAAGCCAGCAAGUCAUCUCCACAGGGUAGCACACAGAACAGAAAGGAGAGUUCGGCUACAGGAAGUAAAAGUGAACUGAGUUCCCCUUCUGUUUCUGCAAUCAGUCUGUUGCGUGAGAGACUCCAUGAGAAGAUUAAAAAGGCUUCUGGACAGGAUAAUGCCAAGGAGUUAACCCCUGCAGUGCUGGAGAAGAGGCAGCGAAGGAAAUAUGAGAGAGAGAGAAAAAAACGCCGACGAAAGGAGUUGAAGAUGAAGGCAAAAAUGGAGAAGAAAGAGACUGAGGAGGUACCAGCAGAGCCAGAACCCAAAAAGGAGGAGAGCAAAGCUGACAUUGUCUUCAACAGGGUUAAAGUUCAUGAAGAGAAUGAGUUAAACAAGAUCCAGAAGAAGAAAGAGAAGAGGAAAGCAGUGAAAGGCAAUAUCACUCCUCUGACAGGCAAGAACUACAAGCAGCUGCUGAGCAGGCUGGAGAGCAGGAAGAAUAAACUGGAGGAGCUCAAGGAGAAGGACGAGAAGAAAGCUCAGGAGCUGGAGACCAAGAUAAAAUGGACAAAUGCCCUGUAUAAGGCGGAAGGGGUGAAGAUCCGUGACGAUGAGGAGCGUCUGAAGGAGGCCCUGAAGCGCAAGGAGAAGCGGAGAGCCCAGCGCAAGAAGCAGUGGGAGGAACGGACUGUGAGGGUGGUGGAGAAGAUGCAGCAGCGGCAGGACAAGCGCAAGAAGAACAUCCAGAAGAAGAAGAAGGAGAGGAUUGAGAAGAAAAAAGCCAGGGCUCGGAAGAAGGGCCGAGUUCUGCCAGAGGACUUGAAAAAAGCUGGGUUAUAGUGAGAGCGAGGCAGCUCUCCUGGCACUGGGGUUCCAGGGUCUGUCACAUGGGGCUCUGUCACUGUCCCAGGCCACAGCUUCCCAGCCUCAUCGUACUAAAAAACAGUUGUAUGUUUGUUAAUAAAGUUUUCUAUCCUAAAGAAACACCUUCUGGCUGAUUUCUAAUAGGAAUUGUUAUUUUUCUGAAGGGGAAAUGUCAGUUGCUGUCACUUCCUCGGAUGUGCAGCACAGUGUCUUUGCAUCCCCUGGGAAUGGGAAAGAGGAAACAAAAAGGCAAAAAGACCAAACAUAGGAUUCAUCUCAACACAAAGAUAUUGCACGUGUCAUAAAACCUUUGCUUAUAUAUACUUGGACUAUACCUUUGGACAAGAGAGUGAAUCUUGAAUUCAUUUAUCCUCCCCACCACAAGAAAACUGGAAACAAUUUUCAAUUUUAAGCAGUGCUGUUCAUUUAUAAGUUAUGUUUUAUCAGCAUUAGGUCAAUGUAGACAUACACAUGUACAGGUGCAUGGAUUUAUUGUGGAGCUAACUGAUCUUUUUGAAACAUCCAUAGGACACACUGACUGUUCCUGAUGGUGGAAGGAUUUGCUCCAAGUCUGUCUUUGGCAAUAAUAAAAAAUUAGGUUAAAAAAAAAAA